AUGAACUUGUUUAAUGGGGUCGCCGCCAACGAGGCCGCCACCAUUGCGUCCCACGAUUGGAGUGCCAACGGAAGCCCAGAAGAUGGGCUUGAUGGCGGGGACAACGAGGACAAAGCCAUCGAUGGCGACGCCGAGGGGGUGUGGAGCCCGGAUAUCGAGCAGAGUUUCCAGGAGGCCCUCGCCAUCUACCCUCCUUGCGGCCGGAGGAAAAUCAUCCUGUCAGACGAGGGCAAGAUGUACGGUCGCAAUGAAUUGAUAGCGCGGUAUAUCAAACUGAGGACGGGGAAGACUCGCACUAGGAAACAGGUGUCUAGUCACAUACAGGUGUUAGCACGGAAGAAAGUUCGUGAAUACCAGGCUGGUAUCAAGGUUUCUAGCCACUUGCAGGUUCUCGCCCGAAGAAAAUCUCGCGAGAUCCAGUCAAAGCUAAAGGCGAUGAAUUUGGAUCAGGCAUCCAAAGACAAAGCCCUGCAGAAUAUGGCGGCGCUCUCAUCGGCACAGAUCGUCUCGCCCAGCAUGAUCAAGAAUCAUCUUCCACCAGUGCCCCCUGCACCCUACCCGCCAAGCAGAUUCUGGCCCACUGCAAUUCCGGGACAGCCUGGACCCUCUCAGGAGCUGGUUCUAGAGCUCAACCCGGGAAGGACUCCUGGGCUUGGUCGCACCAGCCAUGCUAUCAAACCUUUUGCACAGUCUCCCUACCAAGGCCUAUCAGGUCCUGUACCACAGUCCAUACCAAGUUACGAGCCCUUGGCACCACCUCCCCCGCCCACAGCUACAGCUGUGCCAGUGUGGCAGGACCGGACUAUUGCCUCGUCAAAGCUGCGCAUGUUGGAGUACUCUGCCUUCAUGGAAGUCCAAAGGGAUCCGGACACUUACAGCAAACACCUGUUUGUCCACAUAGGACAGACAAACCCCUCCUACAGUGACCCUCUCCUGGAGGCUGUAGACAUCCGGCAGAUCUACGACAAGUUCCCAGAGAAGAAGGGAGGCCUCAAGGAGCUUUAUGAGAAAGGCCCUCAGAAUGCGUUUUUCCUGGUUAAAUUUUGGGCCGACCUGAACAGCAGCGGGAUGCAGGAUGGCCCUGGUUCUUUCUACGGCGUCACCAGCCAGUACAGCAGCGCUGAGAACAUGACCAUCACUGUUUCAACCAAAGUCUGCUCUUUCGGGAAGCAGGUGGUGGAGAAAGUCGAGACAGAGUAUGCCCGCCUGGAGGGGGGCAAGUGCGUUUACAGGAUCCAUCGCUCCCCCAUGUGCGAGUACAUGAUCAACUUCAUCCACAAGCUCAAACACUUGCCUGAAAAGUACAUGAUGAACAGUGUUCUUGAAAACUUCACCAUCCUGCAGGUGGUAACGAACCGCGACACCCAGGAGACGUUGCUGUGCAUCGCAUUUGUGUUCGAGGUGUCCACGAGCGAGCAUGGCGCCCAGUACCACGUCUACAGACUUGUGAAGGACUAAGCAAAAAAAAAAAAAAAUGAAAGCAUGCCACUCCCCUCUCUUCAGCCAGCAAAACCAGAAACAAUACUAGAGAACUAACACUAACACACAUAAGGAAUUAAAAAAUAGUCACACACAUGCAUUUGACAGACCAGUAUCUUGUGCUUAAACGUGCUUUAGAUGAAGUGGAGGUACGCCAUGGCGCUUGAGAGAACGAGAAGGUGUCGAAUGAGAAGAUCACUCAGAGCAAGGAAAAAAGACAGAACUGGACCACAGAUGAGGAGGAGGAAGAGGAAGUGGUGUUGCAGUAGAUCUUGUCAGGAAACAAAAGUGCCUUUUUUUCUCCAAAGAUAUAAUUGCCUGCCACUUUGAAUUGCCUUUUGUACUACCUCUUUUUUUUGUCAAAUGAUAGAUCAUCACAGGGCAAGUUCAUUUGGAACCAAGCCCUAGAGCCUUUUCACACCAACAUUUAUCAGUGAAAGGACUUGAUGCCCUGUUCUGGUACUGCUUGUCUGUGAUUUUAAUCUUGUCUUAAGUGGGGUUCACACAUAUCAAUUUUUAAUAUCUUGGUGUACUUCAGAUGAGCGGCACAGCACGCCACACACAUAACGAGAUCUCCAAUAAUCGCGAGUCUCCUUCCCCAAACCAGAUGUCUGUCAAACUACUAAGUCCGACCUGUAAGUGGCAGCAUGAGGCCACGGAAGAAAGACAAGUAAUAGAAGAAAAUUGUGAGUGAUAUUCAUGAAUAUUGAACAGGGGUAACAGGUACAUUCUGGGGCCCAACCCUUUUCAGACCAGGUCAGGGAAGAUAGAUCAACAUAAUCUUUUACAGGCAUUCGAUAAUGGGGGAAAUGCUCAAAUACGGCCUCAUUACAGGUACGCAUGUAUUGCACUUAAAUCACACACAAAAGGAUUUGCGAUCGUCAAUAUUGAACGAGUUUCCGUUGAUAAUUGGCAGAUAAACGAAGAAAAAAUAACACAUCUCGCACCACAGUAUAAUCACUCAUAUUAAUCUUUCAGGGACAUCAGACAACUGGGACUUUGCUGACUUUGAUUAGAAAGGGGAAUGCUAAAAUAUAGGCCGAAUUAUCAAGAUGAGAUAUACCCCGUUUUGAUCGGUAUUGACAACACACAUAGGGGUCUGUGAUCCUAAAUAUUAAAAAAAAGGUUUAGCAUGUAUGAUUGUCACACCGACCGUUUCUCAAGCAGAUCAGCAAGGAAAAUUACUCUUCACCCACUUCACACCACAGGAUAAUCUUUUAGAGAUAAGAGGGCCUUUGACUUUGAUCGGAAAGGGAGGUGAUGCGCAAACUCGGCCCGAUUGUCGGUUUGUGCUUAAUUGAUUUCACAUCACAAUCGUGGAGUCUGUGGCUCGGCUGAAAUCGAUGUUGAUCACAUGAAAGGAUUUGCUGUUGAACAGAUAUAAUAUUUCUGAUUGGCAGUCCCAACUGUCUUCUAAGCCGGUUGGAAAAGGGGGGAAAAAUAAAUCUUCACACACUCCACACCACAGAAUAAUCGUUUAGGAUAAUUAUUAGAGGCAUCCGACAAUCGGGCCUUUGCUGAGGGAGUAAAGUGCUUCCAUUUGGCCCACUUAUCUGUAUAUCAUACAAGAAUUUGUAAUUGUAAAUAUUGAACAGGUUUAACAUGUACGAUUGUCAACCGUCUUCCAACAAGGUUGGGGAGAGGGGGAAAAACACUCUUCAAACACCCCACACCACAAGAUAAUCACUCGGGUUAAUUUUUCAGCGGCAUCCGACAAUCAGGCCUCUGCCGAGUUUGAAUCGAAUGGCUGAAAUGCUCAAGAACAUCACGAUCUACAGUAUAUGUGCAAAUCAAUGAUUUUUUCAACCCUAUGGAUGCUUUUAAAAUUGCUCAUCCUUCAUAAAGCCAGCGCUUGUCCCUGCCCCUGCACGACCACGUCCACCAAUCUUCUUGUUACACUGCUUUAUUGGAAGACGUGAGUUCGCACAGAUGCCCUGAGACGACCAGGGUGGUGGUUGUGGUGUGAGGCAGUGGAGACCAAGUGACAGCAGUGUUUGAUUUUUCUGCCUUGACGUGUAUGUAGCCCGAAGUGAAAACUAUAUUGUUUCUGUACUGUGAGUCAAGUGGAUCCCUAAAGGAAUAUGUGUCACAUAGGAGUAUUUUUAUUUUGAGGAGGGGAGGGGAUGGGGCUUUAUUUGUGAUUAAGUGUCCUGGCACAGAAAGAGCAGAAGAGAACUAACAAAUUGAAAUCAGUGUUUCUUUUGAUGAAAAAGAAAUUGCAUGCUGUGAAGUCAUACAUCUUCACUCACUAUGCGGAGAAGCUUCAGUUUUUCAUAUUUAAGAUGUAAUAUUGGCACCCAUCUCCAACCUGUUGUCUCUGUGCUGCGUGCAAUGUGAUCAUUGAUUGUUAUUUAUGGGUUUGGAAAGCAGAUUCUAAUAAUAAGGGCAAUGUGGGGUUCACUACUUAAAGAUCAUUUUUCCAUUGAUUUGAAGAUGCUUCAACGGAAGUCUGUGCAUAUGUCUGCGUGUGUGUGUGUGUGUGUGUGUGUGUGUGUGUGUGUGUGUGUGUGUGUGUGUGGCUCACUGGACAAUUUCCAUCCAUCCAUCCAUUAUUUUUCACCGUAAAAUUGGACAUAUUUUGACAAAAGUGCCUGCCUGGCUUUGAAUGUCGUAUUUUGCAACUUAGACAAACACAACAAUAACGCUCCUUGCUCUAUGUAUUUUUUAUACAGUUUUCUUGCCAGUAUCAAUAUUUGUCCAUGUUUUGAUUCUGUUGUCUUUUUGACUGUGAGUGUUUUGCCUCACUGAAAAUGUGUGAUUGUGCUGACAUUGAUAAUUAAUAAUAAGAUAUAUAAUGUAUCAUAUUCUGAAUGGUGUGGGAAGGUGUUUUGUUGUUUUUGGUUAAGGUUUUUGCCACAAUUGUGAAUUGCAAUUUUAUACUUCCAAAUAGAGGUUGGACUAUGUAAUCAAACAAAUGUAUCUAACAAUAAAAGACACAUGGUGCCUUUGGGGGCCAUUUCCCCAUGA